UAGCAUAAUAUAUCAUGGCAUUCGCCAUUUUAAAUAUAUGAAAGCAACAAAAAGAAAUGGAUGACGAUUCAAUAUUAGACGUAAGAUAUUUUCACAGAACUAAUGGUGGAUUGAGAUACGAAGUGUUUUUAUCUACGGAUCCGCCAAAGCCAUUCAAAAGAAAAAUCUUUACACAUUCUCCCUUCAGACAGUCUCUAAUGGAGCUUCAGGAUAAGCAGGAGAAGGCUGAAAAAAGAAGGCAGUGUCUGACGAGAACUCGUAUUCCAGCUGAACACUUGAAUCGCAUCGCUUCGGUAAGAGGCAGUAGAAAAAAUAAUGUAAAGGAGUUAUUAAAAUGUGUGCAAAGGUGCGAUGAUAAGAUAAAAAAUGCAUUAAAAAGCAAUGAACAUUCUCAAAAGUCUUCACAGCAUAUGACCAAUAGAUGGGUAAUAGAUGUUUUACGCCCACAUACUGCGCCUGGUAAGCUGAGCACAGAUGAUAUCAGAUCGCUCGAAGAACACUUAAGGACUCAAGAUCGUCUGCUAGAAGAACUCAACUUUCAAGCUGAUAAUCUAAUCGAGGUAGUCAAAAACAUAAAGCUUCACACUAUUAAUAAUUCUGACUGACGUACGAAUGUUGAUUUAUGGAUGAGUUAUAACGACUCAAAUUCUUAUGUAGGAGCAAUUUAUGUGAUUAUGUUAUAAUUUUACCUUUAUAUAAAUAAUAAUUUCAAUAAAGAAUAAGUAAUACGCAUAAUUUUCAAAUCACACAGCAUUUCAAGCAUUUAUAUGUAUCUGGGAAGUAUCAAUAAGAAAUUAAAUGGAAAUAAAUGUUUUAUAGAGAUAAGUAAGCAACUGAAAAAACAAACUCAUAAGAUUAUUUAUGGUCAUUCAUUUGUAAAUACUAAAGUACCAAUCGGAAAUUUGCUUUGAUUUGUGUUUCGAUGAUUUAAGUUGAUUUUAAUUUUAUCUCAUUUCUGUUUUCAGUGGAAAGUUAUUACUAACAGUUUGAUUAAGAAAUAAUUUUCAGAUGUAUAUUGAUAUGUUUCAAAUCUAAAUUGUAAUUUAUGUAAAAAUUCUGUAAGAUUAUCUUGAAACAUAUGCACUUGCAAAUAUUUAACCAACAUUUGAAAUUAGUUUUACACUAGUAUUUAGAAUAACUCAGUUAAAUUUA